CCCUACAUUUCGUAUAUUUUCUUUGACCUCCCCUCUCAAAACCCGAACCCUAUAGCAGUCGACUUAUCAAACAUUCAAACGAACUCUUCAAGAGCCACCAUGGAAAACCGCUUUCACUUUCUACUUCAAUCUUCCAAUUCACCGAUUCUUCCUAUUAAUCAAUUGAUUUAAAUGUAGAAAAAGGAGCCCCAAUAAGAGAAAAGAGAAAGUAAAUGAUAAUUGAAAAGAUAUUGAAGGUAGUGAAGAAGCGGAAAUAACGUCAUUGCUCUUCCUCAGAUAAGCUUCAAAAUCUUCUUGUUCCUUGUUUCUGAAAAUGCAGGCCCUUUGUGGAAGUCACUCUUCAGACAUUUCAUCUCUCUGUAGAGGAGCUUUCUACAUCAUAAGGACUCAACUUACUUCUCCCGAGAAACUCUUCUGUUGCUGGGCAAGCAGUUUUUCUAGUACUGAUUCCUGUGUACAUGGAUCAUUCAACUCAAGAGUAGAGCCUCCAAUGAAGUUAGCAGCUGAAAAGGAAGAGACCAAGUCUGUGUUCACUUUGUUCUUGAAGAAACAAGGUCUGAGCAAGGAAUUGGCUGCAAGAACCAUCACUAGAUCAGAUCUUUUCAUCAACCACUUAGUUUCAAGGAUUCAUGCAGCUCAUAGAUCUCGGUGUCUUGUAGUAAGAGAGCUCACAAAUCUGGAGGUCAGGGACACCCUCAUUCCUUACCUUGAAUCUCUGCUUGAAGAGCAUGGAAAUGCUUUGGUAAAUGUGGUGGAGAACUUUCCUGAUUCACUUGUCAAAGAAAAGCCAGCUGAGCCAGUUUCUCAAAACCAUUCCAACCUCAACUCCAAGAAGCCGAAAGUGGUCUCUCAAGUAAUUGACACAGGUCUAGCUGCAGAUCUGCACCCUCAACUUAUCUACCUCAUAGAGCUUGGCAUGGAUCAUGAGCAGAUCAAGGGAAUUAUUCGUAGAUAUCCAAAACUUGUCUACGACAGCUUGGAGAAGAAAAUCAAGCCGCUGGUUAAGUUUCUUCUUGAUCUUGGGGUACCUCAAUCAGGCAUUCUUAAAAUUAUCUGCAGCUGUCCUCAAUUAUGCGGACUUAGUCUAUUUGCAAAUGUAAUCCCCACCUUGACAUUCUUAGAAGGUGUGGGUGUAGACAAGAAACAGUGGGCAAAAGUUAUACAUCGUUACCCGUCACUUCUCACUUUUAGCAGGGAUAAGGUUCAGGCAAUUGUUGAUUUCCUCUAUGAGUUGGGCCUGUCAGCAGAAAGCAUUGGUAAGAUCUUAACUCGGCACCCGGUCUAUAUAGGCUACAGUGUGGAAGACAAGCUAAAGCCUAUGGCCAAGUUUUUCUUGGAGAGGGGAUUUAGUAUUGAAGAAGUGGGGAUAAUGGUUUCUAGAAGUCCUACUUUGUAUAAUAUUAGCUUCACCAAAAGCUUGAUACCAAAAUGGGAGUUUUUAAUGACCAUGGGUUACUCAAAAUUUGAGCUAGUUAAGUUCCCUCAGUAUUUUAGUUACAGUUUGGAAGAGAGGAUUAAACCGCGGUAUGCACUUGUAACAGAGUGCGGAGUGAAAAUGCGGCUGAACCUGAUGUUAUCACUGUCAGGCUGUGACUUUGAGAAAGCUUUAAAAAGGAAAAGGAAGAAAAUGCUUUCCAAUGAGGGUUCAAGUGGUACAGAUAGUAAGUAAUGAUCUUUAAUCAAGAACUAGACUUGAAUGGAAAAUCCCAGUGCUACAUUGUCUGAUCAAAACUGUAUAUCAAGUUUUACAGUACUUGGGCGUUGCUUUGCAUUUUUAUGAUAAAUUAAGGAAAUGGAUAGGAAAUUUUGCAUUCGGAGAGUCUGUGCGGAAAAUGGCGUUACCUUCUUUACCAAUUUUGGCGCUUCAUUACUGGUAGGAGGUAGGGUUGAUACCUAAAU